AUGCUUAAAACCCACCAAACUUUCGCCAAAUCAGCAUCAUUGUGGACUGUGUGUCUCGUGGUGUCCUUCUGGCUGUCAACAAGAUCUAAACCUGAUGUGAACAUUAUCGAAAAUUCAACUGGAAAAGGCAUUCUUAUUUCCCCGGAACUUGCCAUCUUACCGGACAAACUGUGCUUUAUCUGGACUUCUACGCGUGAUAGAAAGUUACGAAAGUUUGCUCUUCCCGACAAACAUCGUUACGGACUGGAGUUUCACAUUUCUCGCAAAUGUUCUCACGUUGUGCUACUUAUUCUCCUUGCUGGCGACAUAGCAACCAACCCAGGUCCUACAACUGGUUCACGUGAAACAGACAAUUCAAAAACUAGUCCCGGGUUAAAAGUUCUGUAUUUAAAUGCCAGAAGUCUAAAAGCAUUUGUUCAUCCAAUUGGGGACAAAUCGGUAAAAGUUUGUAAAAUCUCGUUAUUGCAACAACUGACAUAUGGUGGUAAUUACGACGUUGUAUGUGUGUGUGAGACCUGGUUAAACAAUUUAAUCUUAAGCAGUGAGAUCUUGCCUAAUUAUGGAUCUAUCUUCCGAUGUGACAGAGCUGACAGAAUUGGUGGUGGUGUUCUUGUUGCUGUGAAGACUGGUAUACAAGUCACACGCAGACAUGAUCUAGAACCUGAUAAUACGGAACUUGUUGUUACUGAGUUAAUGAAAUCUAACAACAAACCAAUUAUACUUUACACGUUUUAUUGUCCCCCCGACUCUAAACCCGAUGUCCUUCAGCAGCUAAAUUAUUCUAUCCAAAACAACCCAGAAUCAAGUCGUAUUGUGUUGAUAGGCGAUUUUAAUCUACCAUCAGUUAAAUGGUCGUCUGAUCAGAAAACCCCCAUCAACAUCGGAGGACCUGCUGAGAAUGAAAUCUUUUGCGAUUUGGUAGACGACAACUUCCUUCUGCAAUACAUAUUUGGCCCUACCCAUACUGCUGGUAAUAAACUCGAUCUGUUGAUGUGUAACUCUCCUGAAAUCGUCGGCGACGUCUCCGUUCUCCAUCCCGAGACCUGUGGUUUCCCAACAGAUCACUACAUCGUGGAAUUUGACGUAAAGUUGAAGUUUAAAAGAGCCAAGCCAAUAAAGCGCCGAGUAUUCGACUAUGGAAAAGGAAAUUUCGAUGAGCUACGUAACUUCCUGACACGAUAUCCCAUCAAUGUUACCCCAACUGAUAGCAUUAAUGAUGACUGGGAACAAUGGAAGGACACAUUCUUAACUGCUGUGAGAAGGUACAUUCCGAUGAGAACUGUCAAAGACAAAAAUAGUCCACCAUGGAUCGAUAAAGAAGUGCGUCAACUAAUCCGUAAGAAGUACAAAGUUCUAAAACAAUACCGCAGGAACAAAUCUGCUGAUCGAAAGCGUAAAUUACGAAGCGUUACUCAACAAAUCAAAUACUUGAUUCGAAGUAAACACCGAGGCUAUCUGGCUAAAAUAAAAAGUUCGUUCUGUGACAACCCCAAACUAUUCUGGAGUUACCAUAAAUCAAUUCUUUACCACCGGACAGGUCAGAGCAACGAAAUAACAUAUAAUGGUUUCACAGCCAAGACGGCGAAAGAAAAAGCGGAUCUUUUUAACACUUACUUUUCUUCAGUGUUUCAUCCAUCUUCUACCACUUGUAACCAGACGCCUCGAACGGAAAGCAAAGAGAACAUCUCGGAGAUAACAAUCGAUGUAGACGAAGUUGCGCAAUUUUUGCGCGCCCUUGAUACCUCGAAAGCAUGUGGCCCCGACGGCAUUCCAGCUCGCCUGUUACAAGUAUGCGCCCUUGAAAUCGCACCAAGCAUAU